UUUAGAGUAGAAGGAAUGGCUAUCUUCGGUGAUCCUUUCAGGCGUUUUUUAUUGAGCCCUCCCGCAUAUCGCAUCUUUCCUGGGUCCACGGCCCUUAUGGACUAGCUUGAAACCCCCAAUUCCCACAUCUUCAAGAUCAAUGUUCCAGGAUACAGCAAAGAGGAGAUUAAAGUACAGGUAGAAGAUGGGAACGUUUUGGUGAUAAGAGCUGAAGGAGAAUCUCAGGGUAAAGACACUGUUUGGCACGUGGCGGAAAGGGGUGCAGGCAGAGGAGACUUUUCGCGGGAAAUUGAAUUGCCGGAGAAUGUGAAGGUGGACCAGAUCAAGGCUCAGGUGGAAAAUGGUGUUCUCACGGUUGUUGUCCCCAAAGAUUCUACCCCUAAACCCAACAAAGUGAGGACCAUCAACAUCUCUAGCAAGCUCUAACUUUGCCUUUCAUAGUUUUUAGUUUGGGCUUGGAUGGUUCCAUGAAUAAUUUGGUGCACCUGUGGUGUUCCUGUGUUUGUGUAUGUAUGGAAUGGAAGUGUUAUGUAAUAUGAUGCAAUAAAAUUUGGCAUAUGGGUUUGAGUGGGUAAAAUGCUAGGGUCUCGUGGUUUGUUCCAUAAGUAAUUUUAAUUUGCCGUGGUAGUGAUUAUUAAUCAUUUAUAUAGGGCAAGUUUGCAAAUUCAAAAUAGUUAAAAGUUAUUAUCAAAAGUUAAAAUUUUGUUC